UCCCACAAAUACACAUGCAUUUCUGUAGUUGUUACAUCAAAACGUCUUGAUCUCCACUUGACCUGCUCCUUUGUCUUUUAAACUCACAAGUUUAGUCAGUCAUACCAACACAUGUUGGUGCUGAAAGUGCCUGCAGUAUGUUUCUAUUCUCCUCCCUAUUUUAAUCUAGGAACAGUUCGGUCUGUGUGCUGUGUCAAUAGUCACGUUUGCGUCACGGGUCUGAAGUUCAGCUCCUCUGCAGCCUGAGGGUUCGUCUGUCGGCUCACUUUGGACCAGUGAGGACACGUGAAGAGACAGAAUGUCACGCUGGACUGAGAUGAAGAAAGAUGAGCUCGACAGGCAGUACUCACCCAGCCGGUGGUCGCACAGGAUGUCCGCAGACGACGUGAUCAAGGCUCAUGUGAAGGCUCUGAAGGAAGGUACGGACCAGGCCCGUGGUCUGGCCCAAACCUUGCUCAACGUGCCAUAUGGGGAUGGAGAUGGAGAGAAACUGGAUGUCUACAUACCCAGCACCAACUCUUUGGAUGUCCACCUUGUUAUUUACCUACAUGGAGGCUACUGGCAGUUUCUCAGCAAGGAGGAGUCGGGAUUCAUGGCUGUUCCACUCGUUGAUAAAGGUGUAGUGGUGGUUGCCGUUGGCUAUGACAUCGCCCCCAAAGGUAACAUGGAUCUGAUGGUGUCUCAAGUACGCAGGAGUGUUGUGUCUGUUGUUCAGCAGUAUUCUCACAUCAGUGGUCUGUACCUGUGUGGCCACUCUGCUGGGGCUCAUCUGGCUGCGAUGGUUCUCUCCACUGACUGGUCGCAGUACACUGUCACCCCUCAGAUCAAAGGUGCUUUCCUCGUAAGUGGCAUAUACGACCUCCUGCCCAUCCUUUCCACCUACGUCAAUGAGCCUUUGAAGAUGACAGAGGAGGUGGCGUUGAGGAACAGCCCCAGCAAGCUGGUCCCUCAGCUCAAGCUCUCCUCCUCCGGCUGCCACAUCAUUGUGGCAGUCGCUGAGAACGACUCGCCGGAGUUCCGCAAGCAGUCUGAAGAAUACUACAAAACUUUGGAGGCGACAGGGCUGAAUGUGACGAUGGAGGAUGUGGCGAACACAGAUCACUUCAGCAUCAUCGAGCAGCUGGUAGAUGGAGAAUAUCACCUAACUAAGCUUCUCUUGAAGAUGAUGGGAAAGAGCUGAGGCGGCCGUGCUUGAUGCAUCAUUUAAUAUCAGCAUACCUCUGUAUCAACAUACACCUCUGAACAGAGUCAUCUUGCACCGAUACUGAUCAAAUAUGCAUUAUUUCAGGUUCGUACAAUGGUAAAUGUACAAUUUCUGUCCACUUUGAUUCAUCAGCGAUAAGGUGGAUUGUUAUGACCGUCUAGUUCACCAUUAGUUAGUUUUAUUUCUGUUUAGUCUAGAUACUGCUGUCGGGAAAUGUCCUAAACAAGCUUCAUAUGUUCCAAAUAUGUUAUCAUUUUAAGAGAACAUUGUGUGCCUGAAACCGACUCACAUCAAGGGUGGUGCUUUUUGCAAAUAAACUUGAGUUAACUGGCUCAGCAGAUUAUUAACAACCAUAGUGCUGCACAGUGUUAUUGUCAGGAAAUAUUGUUCCACUGAAGAACUAGAAUUUGUAGAGCUGAUUGUUAGUUUUGGUAUAUCUCCAGUGUUUUGUAGCAGGGUGGGUCUGUCGGUUUUGUGUCCUGUGACAACCUACACCACAACUUCAAGUCCAUGGAUAGGACAAGAAUCGUGUCAAGGGUACUGAUAUUUAUCAUAUAAAGUGAAUGUAGCUUUUAAUUGUAACCGCCACAAUGCUGAUAUCUCACCCAGGGAAUCUUAAUGUGUUGUCCGCACUUGGUGAAUGUUGCUAAUUAAAACAAUAUUUUUGCACUUCCUAUCCUAAUACAGUUGAAGAACACUGACAUUAAAAUGCACAUAUUAUUAAAGAACAAAUGGGACUAAAUUUAGCUGAUAAACAUUGUUACUCACUGCCCUCAGUCUAGCAUAAUGAUUGAGUGUUUACAUUAAUGUUGUCACAGAGUGUUCUGUUAACCAUGACUGUAGAUUAUGAAGAAUAUUGUCACAAUAAAUAUUUAUAUUUGAGACUUUC